AUGUCUACAGAAUAUCUUUAUCAACCAACUGAUAUUGUUUUGGCAAAGGUAAAAGGUUUUUCCGCCUGGCCUGCAAUGAUUAUACCAAAUGAACUUAUACCUGAGGCUGUUUUACGUAAUAGAAUGAAAAUGACUUCGAAUUCAAAUAAUGAUGCAAAUUCAAUUGAUGAACAUGACGAGCAAGGUGAAGAAUCUGAUGAAGAUGAUUAUAUAAUAUAUUCAAGUUUAUUAAAGUUCCAAAAAUUCAAAACUGUUAAAAAAUUAUAUUGUGUGAAGUUUUUAUGCGAUGAUACUUAUUAUUGGGUUAAACCUGUAGAUUUCCAUUUGUUAACAGUAGACGAAUGUAAAGAUUGGUUGAAAACAGAAAAAACUAAGAGAAGGAUAAAUAAAAAACUGAUACCGGCUUAUGAAAUGGCAAGUAAAGGUUCACAAAACAUCGAUGUAAUGGAAUUUGUGGAAUAUGGAUCUUACGGGAAGCCAGAAGAAGACGAAUAUAUAGACGAAGUAGACGAAGAAGAAGAGGAAGAAUAUACAACAGAGACAUCGAGUUCAAAAAGUAGAAAGAAAGGAGCCUCCAAAGAGAAAAAUCCAACUCGAGUAUCUUCAAGAGUAUCUGCAAAGAGAAAACAAGAAGAAAUAGAAGAGGCAAAGAAAAAACGUAAUACUAGAUCCAACAGAGCAAAAGUGAACGAAGAUACCAAAGAUGAAGAAAAAAUGAUGCUAGAAGAAACUCCAGUGGUAUCCAAAAAGCAAACAAAGAGUAAAAACAAAGAUAAGCAGAAAAAGGUACAACCAGAACUUGAAAAAUAUAAUUAUGACACAGAUGAGGAUUGGUCUCUAGUAGGACUAGGCCCUCAAGACUUAUCAAUAUCACAACAUGAAAAUAAAUUAGUCAGUAAAUUAUCUCAAAAGAAAAACUUGGAGAUACACAAAGAAAAAUGUCUUGAUAUAGCAGACAAGCUAAGUACAAUUAAUAAGUUAAUCACUGACAUAUUGAUACCGAACCCUGAUGAUGCAACGGUUGGUUGUUCAACUACUAUACAGGAUUAUGAAGUACUUAUAGAUGAAUUGCAAUUGGCCUUACAGUAUAAUACUAGAAAUGAUGAGUUCAUUUCAAUUUUUCAAUCGAAUAACGAGUUUCUUUCCAAUUUUAGAAUUUUAAUUAACCUACAAUUUGAACAAUUGAAAAAAUGGAAUUUAUUAAAAGAUUUGAAUAAUAUUUUUAGGGUUAUCUACAAAGCUGAUUUAAUAAUAGACACUGAACCUUGGAACUUGCAAUUCGAAUCUUCUAAAGUUAUAGAUGAAGUUACUGAACCAGUUGAAGGUAGUGUAACAACUGAAAGUAUAAAAUCAGAGUAA